AUGGCAUCGCCUUUUAAAAAUUCUGAUAAUAAAAAACUGUCUCUAUCAAAAAAUAAUAAUACAAAAGAGGAAGUGAUAUCAGAAUUCAAUAGAUGUCCAUUUAAUUACUAUUUGCAGAAACUACAAUAUUCUUUUGGUUUUAAUCCAAAUAUUCCUAUAAUAAAUUUAACCACCGAAAAUCGUACAUUAAUUGUUUACGCUUGUUCACAUGUGGCAAUGAUGUAUGAUUAUAGUUGUAACGAAAUGUUAUCUCUUCAAGGCCACAAAACUGCGAUUAGAACAUUAUCGAGUUCGAAUGAUGGUAAAUGGCUAUUGACAGCAGACUUUGAAGAUGAUUGUGCAGUCAUUAUUUGGGAUACUGAAAUAAAGUUAAAAUUGAAUUAUAUCGAAUGUCCCAAAAGUUGCUUUAAUCAGAAAAGAAAGAUCCUGACUAUACCUAUUAGCACUUUAUUUGAACCUCAUGGUAAAAAUGGCUUAACAGCAGCUCGUAUAAGUCCUAAUGCGAAGUAUAUUGUUACAAUCGGCAAUGAAAAAUUCCAAAACGUUUACUUUUGGCUCUGGACAUAUGGAAAUGAUAAACCCGAUGCGAUUGUUGAAUUAUCGGACGUACAUUUGGAUAGAAUUAAAGAAAUUAGUUUUGAUGAUAACUUUCCAAAACGAUUUGCUUUGACUACUGAUCACCACGUAGUUUUUUUCAUUUGGGAUCAAAAUAAACUUAAUUAUUAUCAACCGGAAAUAAUUGGAAAAUGUCGUCGUUAUGGAAUUUUCAAUAGUUCUAUUUUUAUUAGAAAUACAUCGGAUACGUUAACAGCAACGACUAUCGAGUUCAUUACAUUUUGUUUUGCAGGUUUUGUGUUAGUCUGGAAUCACGUUCACACUUCCGAACAUGCUACAGAAGAUACAAAUCUAAAAAAGAAACAUAUCAAAUCAAUUAAAUUACAAACUUGCAGUAUUACUGUAAUUAUUAAUUACGAAGGAAUGAUUGUUACUGGAAAUUCUAACGGACGAAUAACUUUUUAUGAUAAUCGAUUAAAAAUUUUAUAUUGGUGUCAAAAUCAAGAACUCGAAUCUAUUCGAUCGAUAAGUUUCGAUCUAAGCUCUACAUUAAUUGGCCCUGUAAAAGUUAUCAGUGAAACAGAAAGUAAGAUUAGCACGAUACGAAUCUUUUUUUUUUUAAAAGAUGAAUGUUGUAAUCUUCAAGAUGUCGAAUGCUUAAAUGAUAAAAUGGAUAGAAAAUUGUCAUAUUUAACUGUUAAUACAGAACGUAUUCCAAAAUAUUAUUAUGGCAACAAAAAAUCAAUGUAUGUAGCUACCGACGCGAGUUUACAACGUUCUAAGUUCAUUGUUAGAAACAGCUUUGUGUCUACAAUAAAAGGUAUACUUGCUUUAUUGGAUAUUUCAAAUUUAAAAUGCAAAUUCAUUUUGAAACAUAGUGCUGCCCAUGUAACAAGUUUAGAUGCACAUCCGGAAAGUAACUAUCUUGUCACGGGAAACAAAGAGGGUAUUUUAAAUUUAUACGAUUAUGAGAAACGUAGAUUGAUCAUAUCUAAAAAAGUUCCCGAUCUACCAGAUUUUAAAAGCAUUUUUGAUUAUCAAAAUAAAAACGAUAAAAUUAUUUACAUUAGUUGUCCACAGACACAUCAAAAAAAUCAUUUUUUAUCAGGUGAUUUACUCAUCUGCGGUAUGGAAAAUGGCACUUUAUGGGUAUUAAAUCCAUUAACAUUGGAAUUGUUAGAUGAAUUUCCUUACAAACAUUCGUCUCAAGCUAUUCGUAUUGUUGCCUUCGCCAAAUGCUCGACUUACAUGGCUUAUUCCGUUAAGUAUCUUUUUUCUGUAAUAGACGAUGGUUUAUCGAUCGUAGUAUUCCGAAAAAAUGAUACCAAGUCCGUGAAUGUAACUAACAUUUGGAAUUUAAUCGGAAAAUGUCAUUCGCAUAGUUUACCUAUUAGACAAGUUUUAUUUGGACCGUCCAUAACAGACAAUUCAAUUCCUCGACUUUUUUCUUUAGGAGAGGAUCAAGAUCUCGUCGAAUAUGAUUUAAAAAAUAGUGGACCAUAUCCGGAUCCAGGAUUACAAAUUUUACAAAUCGAUAGAAUCGAAUCAAAAGCGACUCCUCUUUAUUUAGAAUGGUAUCCGCGAUUCGGUGUUGAGACUCUUUUCGUGAUAUCGAAUACUGAAUACAAGUAUAUAUUAUUAAAUGAUAUAAUCAGAAUGAUUCGUGGAACUUUUUUAAAUCCAACAUUUGGAACACCUAUACAACGUUUUAAAAUAUUAACAAAAAAACAUAAUAGCAUAUAUAUGGUAUUUUCGACUGAUAAGGAAAUAGGUUUACAAAGUCUUCCAUUAGAUGGUAAUCCUUAUUCAAGUUUAGGACUUACUGGACAUCCGUGUAAGAUAACUGGAUUUGCUGUGGAUUGUAAAAAUAAUAUUGCAUUUACUAUGGGAUAUAAAGACUCGUGUGUUUUAAUGUGGAAAAUUAAAUUCAGAUCAAUAAAUAUUAUGAAACGUUUAGGAGGAGAAGGAUUGUCUCCAUUUUAUAAUUUUAUAAAAGGUGGUAAAAAUGGCUGGUUAUUUAACGAAAUGCGAGAUUUAUUCUACUACGCACAGAUUCUACAACAAGGAGAAAAUACGAUGGAAACAAGAAAGAUUUCCGAUAUGGUAUCCAUUAAACAAAUACCAAAUUUAAUGCGAGCCGUUGGUUAUUUUCCUAGUAACAAAGAACUGGAAAACAUUAUGUGCGAAGUAGCAUACAGGAAUUAUGCAGAGACGGGACAAUUAUUGGAGGAAAUUAAUUUUGAAGAUUUCGUCAAACUAUACAUCAAUCAUCGACCCGCUUUUGGAUAUUCUACGAGACAAGUGAAAAAAUCAUUCGCAAUUCUUUGCGGAAAGGAAUCGAACAACAAUGAAGAUUUAAUUUUAACUCGAGAUCAAUUUAUAAACAUAUUAUUUGGUAAAUAUCCAGAGAUAAAUAUCAUGGAGGAUAAGAAACUUCUCGGUUAGUCAUUUUAUUAAUUUUAUUUCAUUUCAUUUAACUCGUUUUUCGUGUAACUUGAUUCGUGCCUAUAUUUUUAAAGGUGAACCACUAACAUUAGAAGAAGCAUAUACAUACCUAAAACUGCUUAUUCCUUCGGAGGAUGCCAAUAUAACAAAUUUUGCGGAUUCAAAAGGACAAGAAAUAUCUACAACUACAAGUUUUAA